AUGAAGUCGAAUCCCCGCCUGCUCGUCUAUCCCGUUUUAGAUGAGGCUUGGGCUGAUAGAGAGUGUGCUGAACCGUUAUGCACCCCUUGGGACGUGGCCGGACGAGUGCUUGACAUUUUAUCAUGCCUGGUGCCAGUUGAAAUGACACGCGGGGAAUGGGAAUGGACGCCGGCAAAGAUCGUGAACGAUGUCGCAGAUCUUAUGAAGCCGUUGAUGGUGAAUUUCUUUGAAGGCACUCGGGCAGCAAAGAAAUAUUGGAGAGUGGGGGAAAAGUGUUCUUCGGAGACAUGGGCAGCUUGUCUCUGA